AUGCCUGCCGAUUCAUCUGUGGCUCUUGACACAUCGUGUAAAUGUCCCAGGGACAAAGUCGACAAAGGACCAGGGAAAAAUCUGGUUGUUUGCAUUGAUGGGACAUCAAACAAGUAUUGUGCUCAAAAUACCAACAUCAUCGAACUAUAUAAUGAAAUGAUGAAGAAUGACAAUCAAUUAAUGUACUACAACAGUGGUGUAGGAACGUAUGCUAAGGGCCAUACACAUUGGAUGAAGCAGGUCGUCAGCGUCUUUGAUCUAGCCUUCGCAUUUAAUAUCAGCCAAACCAUCAUGGACGCCUACAGAUGGCUCUCAGACCAGUACUCUGAUGGCGAUAAAAUCUUCCUGUUUGGAUUUUCGAGAGGUGCAUACCAAGUUCGUGCAUUAGCAGGCAUGAUCCACGAAGUAGGGCUCAUAUUACCUGGCAACACAGAACAGAUCCCCUAUGCCUUCGAGCUUUACUCUGCCAUCAACAGUGGAAAAGAUGAGGACCAGAAGCUUGCGGCAGGAUUCAAAUCGACAUUCUCGAGACAACGCGUAGUAACACAUUUUGUCGGUGUAUGGGACACUGUUUUGUCUGUUGGUAUCCGGAAGGAGAAUAUUUUACCGUCCACCGAUACAUGUGGUCACAUUUGCUACUUCUGCCAGGCACUUGCACUAGACGAGCGCAGGGUGAAAUUCCUACCCAAGUAUGUCUACGGGGGCAUAAGUGAUCGAUCUAAAUCCAAAUCAGUGCAAAUUCCCGAGGAUGAACAUCAUGUCAAGGAGGUUUGGUUUGCUGGUAGUCAUUCGGAUAUGUAUGUAUCCUCUGCACCAGAAGGCUAUCAUAUGCCUUUACUAUGGAUGCACGAAGAAGCUUUUGAGGCGGGGCUUUCAUUCAAUCCUCCCAAGGUAGCUUUCAAAUCUGAAGACUUGAAGCAAUCCAAGAUUACCAACUCGUUAACGUUGCUGUGGUGGGCACUCGAGAUAUUACCUACCAGACGUCUUCACUACAAUAAUUCCAACCAGCAUACGCACUUGUGA